AUGAAAUUUCUUAUCUGCUUAUUUAUUACUCUUGGUGUUGCCUGUGGUAGUAUUUUACCACUCAGACCAAACUGUCUCCAUACUUUCUGUACGAUGGAUAUUAAGAUUUGUCCUGAUGGUACACGGGCUCCAAUUCCAGCCGGUGGAUGCUGUCCAUCAUUGAGUGCUUGCAAACCAAAUAUUCAUCCAAUUAAACCCAUUACAAAUUGUGCUUUCGUUAUGUGUACCAUGGAUCUUAAAAUUUGUCCUGAUGGUAGACCCGCUCCAGUACCAGCCGGUGAAUGUUGUCCAAGUCUUUCUGCUUGUAACGGACCUACCAUAAGUCGCCGAAGCAAUCCAUUAGGUUCACUUCUUUCUGGUAGCAAUAUUUUACAAACAUUGACCAGUGCUACACAUGGUACUAACUUGGGAACAGCUAUAUCAAUUUUGAACUUACUUAAUAAUGUUCAUCUAUUAUCAAGUGAUGUUCAUCAAAUUCCUCAUUUGAUCAAUCAAACACUCACUAGCAUUCUCAAUGGAACAGGUCAAGCUAGUCAACUCAUUAUUGAUCAAUUGAUUGGUGCUGUUUCCAGUGUUACUAAUCAAAAUAGUGCUAGCCGAAAUCUUUUGGGUGCUCUUGGUCAAAAUACAAAUUUACUUUCAAGCAUUACUCAUAUGUUACCACAAGGUACAUCAAUUUCGUCUAUUCUUUCCAUUCUCAAUUUAUUGAACAAUGUUAACCAACUUAAUCAUGAUAUUCAUCAAAUUCCUGCUUUACUUAAUCAAACUUUAGCUAGUGUUGUUGCUGGUGCUGGUCAAGCUGGUGAUGUCAUUGUUCAGCAAUUGCUUAGUCUUGUUGGUCCUCAUUCUGGUACAAGCCGAAAUCUUUUGGGUGCUCUUGGUCAAAAUACAAAUUUACUUUCAAGCAUUACUCAUAUGUUACCACAAGGCACAUCAAUUUCGAGCAUUCUUUCCAUUCUUAAUUUAUUGAACAAUGUUAAUCAACUUAAUCAUGAUAUUCAUCAAAUUCCUACUUUACUUAAUGAAACAUUAGCUGGUCUUGUUAAUGGUGCUGGUCAAGCUGGUCAACUUGUUGUUCAACAAUUACUUAACCUUGUUGGAGCUCAACCACAAGCUACUGGCCGUAAUCUUUUGGAUUCACUUGGUCACAAUGCUAAUUUAUUGUCAAGUGUCUCACAUCUUUUACCACAAGGUACAUCAAUUUCAACAGUUCUUUCAUUGUUAAAUUUAUUGGGCAAUGUUAAUGCUCUUAACACUGAUCUUCAUCAAAUUCCAACUGUCCUUCAAGAAACACUUCAAAGUCUUCUUAAUGGUAUUCAAAAUCUUGUACCACCAACAAUUCAACCAGUUCAAGGAUCAUCGUAA